AGAAAAAGGGGAGAGAGUGAAGAAAAGUGGGUUUAACAAUAAUUUGCUGCAAAGUUAGAAGAGAGAGCUUCAGCUUUAUUAACUUCCUUCUUUGCUUUCAUUCUCUUUCUCUCUAUCUAUCAUCAUCAUCCUCGUAAUCCUCAUCAUCAUCAUCAUCAUCUCUCUCUCUCUUUCUCCAUACCCUAGUUGCAGUAAAAAAAAGGCUGCUUAGCUUCUUCUUCUUCUUCUCUCUUUCUUCUUUCAUAUCUUCAUCAAUGGUUUUUAUGAGAUAUUAAACCAAGACUGUAAGAGAGAGCUAGCUAGAGAGAAAGAGAAAGAGAGUGUUGUAUAAAAAGUGAAAAUCUAGAGAUGGAGCAAGUAGGUGGUGGUGGUGGUGGUAAUGAAGUUGUGGAGGAAGCUUCACCGAUUAGUUCAAGACCUCCUGCUUCUAAUAACUUAGAAGAGCUUAUGAGAUUCUCAGCCGCUGCUGAUGACGGUGGAGGUGGUGGUGGUGGUGGUGGUGGUGGAAGUGCGUCUUCUUCAUCGGGAAAUCGAUGGCCGAGAGAAGAAACACUUGCUCUUCUUCGGAUCCGAUCCGAUAUGGAUUCUACUUUUCGUGAUGCUACUCUUAAAGCUCCUCUUUGGGAACAUGUUUCCAGGAAGCUAUUGGAGUUAGGUUACAAAAGAAGUGCAAAGAAAUGUAAAGAGAAAUUUGAAAACGUUCAGAAAUAUUACAAACGCACUAAAGAAACUCGUGGUGGUCGUCAUGAUGGUAAAGCUUAUAAGUUCUUCUCUCAGCUUGAAGCUCUCAACACUACUCCUACUCCUCUUCAACCACAUCCUCAUCCUCCUUCAUCUUCCUUAGAUGUCACUCCUCUCUCCGUUGCUAAUCCCAUUCUCAUGCCUUCUUCUUCUUCUUCUCCUUUUCCUAUCUUCUCUCAACCCCAACCGCAAACGCAACCGCCUCAAACGCAUACUGUCUCUUUUACUCCUACUCCACUGCCUCCUCCUCCUCCAAUGGCUCCGACCUUUCCGGGAGUUACUUUUUCGUCUCAUAGCUCAUCGACGGCUUCAGGAAUGGGGUCUGAUGAUGAUGAUGACGAGGAUAUGGAUGUGGAUCAAACUAACAUUGCGGGUUCUAGUAGCCGCAAACGCAAACGUGGGAACCGCGGAGGCGGUAAGAUGAUGGAGUUAUUCGAAGGUUUGGUUAGACAAGUGAUGCAGAAGCAAGCAGCGAUGCAAAGGAGUUUCUUGGAAGCGCUUGAGAAGAGAGAACAAGAACGUCUUGAUCGUGAAGAAGCUUGGAAACGUCAAGAAAUGUCUCGGUUAGCUCGAGAACACGAGGUCAUGGCUCAAGAACGAGCCGCCUCUGCUUCUCGUGACGCCGCGAUCAUUUCAUUGAUUCAGAAAAUUACUGGCCACACUAUUCAGUUACCUCCUUCUUUAUCAUCUCAAACGCCUCAAAUACCGCCGCAUCAACCGCCUCAACCGCCACCAGCCGCUAAACGUGCUCAUCAAGAACCACAAUUAUCAACAGCUCAAUCACAAUUACAGCAACCUAUAAUGGCGAUUCCGCAACAACAGAUUCUCCCUUCUCCUCAUCUUCCUCAUCAGCCAGAACAGAAACAACAACAACAACAACAACAAGUACAAGAGAUGAUCGUGAGCUCGGAACAAUCAUCAUUAUUACCGUCAUCAUCAAGAUGGCCAAAGGCGGAGAUACUAGCGCUUAUAAACUUAAGAAGUGGCAUGGAACCAAGGUAUCAAGAUAAUGUCCCUAAAGGACUUCUAUGGGAAGAGAUCUCAACUUCAAUGAAGAGAAUGGGAUACAACAGAAACGCUAAGAGAUGUAAAGAGAAAUGGGAGAACAUAAACAAGUACUACAAGAAAGUUAAAGAAAGCAACAAGAAACGUCCUCAAGAUGCUAAGACUUGUCCUUACUUUCACCGUCUCGAUCUUCUUUACCGCAACAAAGUACUCGGUGGUAGUGGUGGUGGUGGCGGUUCAAGCACUUCUGGUCUACCUCAAGAACAAAAGCAGAGUCCGGUCUCAGCGAUAAAACCGCCUCAAGAAGGAGUUCUUAACGUUCAACCUCAUGAGUCAGGUUCAAGUGAGGAAGUGGAGCCUAUAGAUCAGGAAAGUACUCCACAAGGAACAGAAAAGCCAGAAGACCUUGUGAUGAGAGAGCUGAUGCAACAACAACAACAACAACAACAACAACAAGAGUCAAUGAUAGGUGAGUAUGAAAAGAUUGAAGAGUCUCACAAUUACAAUAACAUGGAAGAAGAGGAAGAGGAGAUGGAUGAAGAAGAACUAGACGAAGAAGAGAAAUCCGCGGCUUUCGAGAUUGCGUUUCAGAGCCCUGCAAACAGAGGAGGCAAUGGCCACACCGAGCCACCUUUCUUGACAAUGGUUCAGUAAAAAAAAAAAAACACUUCAGAACCAUUGUUUCAAGAAUGUACUUAUGUGUGCAUAGUUUCUAAACAAAACACCCAAAAAAAAAAA